CAGGGUCGCCUACUCUGGAUUGUCGUCGUUCUCGAACGGCAUGUUGUGUUGAUUUUGAGCGAUUAAAUUUUGUGCGUUUUUCGAGUUAUACACCUUUUGAAGAUUUAUAGCGCGGUGUUCUGAGGAUCGUAAAAGCGUCGUUGAGAGCAGUGCAGAGCAGCAUAGUGUGUUGAUUUGAUUAAUCACCCCCUGGGCGGUUUGUUCAGCGGCAGCGUGCUAUCGACUUCGAUUUAAGUGCGUGUGAUUUUGAUUGGCUCCAUUUUAGGAAGUCUCGGCGCACAGUGCAGCCAGUCAGACGCGCGCCUUUAGUGAAGUUGACAAGUGAGAAUAAAUUAAGCAGCGGGGCAGGUUGGCUCAGAUCGUAGACCGGGGCGUCCAAAGCUGUCCACCGAGAUUAGCGAAGCAAAACAUCACAAAAAAAAAAUACUAAAGCAGAGUCAGUGAACGUGAAGUUGGAGUUGAUAGUGGAGAGUCGUACACCUCGAGGGGGGGUUGUAUGUGAAAAAUAAAAGUGUCGUGCUGAUUUAUGGCAUGUUUGAGUGUGUGUGCCCGGCCCAAGAAAUGUCUUCCUGAUGUAACGAGCCUAACCUCUCUCACCACAACCUGGUCGUAGGUAUUCGCGCCGCGCUGAGUUCAACAAAUUGGAUUAGAGCGCAUUAGAGGAAACUUGUGUGUCUGUGUGACAGUUGCGUGCGGUAGCCCGGGGUAAUUCGCGCUGGAGGUCGAUUAGAUUUUGUCGGGCGUAGCGGAAUUGACACUUGUCGCGGCGGCGUCGGGAAGAAUCGCCGACCUCAAGGACGCGAUCCAAAUUUAAGGCUGGGAAGUUCUCGCGCGCGGAUUCGGAGUUGGUUGGUUUUGCUGUUGCCAGUUUGACAGAUUCUCGUCACCUCCUCCGGCCUCGUGAGCGGGCCCCGGCUCGUGGUGCUGCACCGGCACAAUGGCGACUUUGGGUUCACGUUGCGCCACUUUAUCGUGUACCCACCGCCGGACGCGCACCCCCCGGACCCGGGCGCCGACCGUCUAGCGGCCGCCGCCGGGAUGCCCAACUUUGCCCAGCCCAUGGACACCGUGUUCGUGAAGAAGGUCCACCCGAACUCGCCGGCCUUCCUGGCGGGCCUGCAGGAGGGCGACCGGCUGCUCGCCGUGAACGGCCUGUCGGUGGCGAGCCUGCCGUACGCGCAGGUCGUCGCCACCAUCCAGCAGACGCCCAAGACGCUCACGCUGCAGGUCGUGCCGAAGAACUACGAUUUGCUGCAAACGUACUUUAGCGAAACGGCCUACAACCCGGAAACGAACCAGCGACCCCAGCCCCAGCAGCUCUUCAUUCCAAAGGCGUCCUCGACGCCCACCUCCCACCACCGGACGUCCACGGGCAAGCGGCAGGUCCUCACCGAUGUUCAGGAAAAGCAGGAAUCGCUGUACAGCACGCUUCAGGAAAUCGUCGAAAGUGCCGUGGCCCCAACCAGCAACAGCAGCAGCAACAAACCCGCCGCCAUCUACGCCGAAGUGCCCAAGAUCCGAAGUCCCCCGAUCGCCGCGGAAGCGCCCAAGCCCAAGCCGGUCGUGUUCGACUUUGACCCGAUCAAGCAGCAGCAGUACCUGGCCCAGCAGCAGCAGCAGCAGAAAAUGCUGCUCCAGCACAGCCGCGACAGCGACUCGAUAAGUUCGUACGAUUCGGUGAAAUCGGCCGCGACCCUCUCGGCCAACGACGUCGUCCUGAUGGGGGGCGGCGACAGUGCAAUAAUGUCCCGUCUGCGCAAGAGCUUCGAGCAGAAGGAGGAAUUCCUGCGGCGCCCAGCGCCGGCCCCCACCUCCUGCGCCUCCGACGUUCAGCAGCGCGAGUUCUACGGCCGCCCGAACCGGCUUCAAAAGUCCGUGUGGCCACCGCCACCCUCAAACGCAACAAUGCCUGUGAUAGCAAACGAAAGCAACCACCAACACCAACACCACCAGCAAGAUUCCUUACUCCGGCCAACGACAACGAAAAUGUCCUCCGGGACGCAAACGCACGCGGCCAGCCUGGCGGCGGCCCGCGAGCAGCACAGCUCCGCGAUGUCCGCCAUCCGGGAGCAGUUCUUUGCCGGCACGAAUGGGGAGCCCAAGUCGGCGCCGCCCUCGUUGCUGCUCAUCCAGCAGAACCAGCAGCUGAGCGGGUCGCAGUCGGCGCUGCCACUGUCGCCCGCCAGCAUGCACGUCGUCUCGGAGAAGGCCAAGCUGUUUGAGUCCGGGCGGCCACUGUCGCCGGAUGGCGUCGAUCGGGCGGAGUUGUACAAGAGCGAGUUGAGUCGGAUGAACCCGAAGCAGGUCGUGCCGAAUGUGGCCGUGCGACGGAAAGAGUUCGAACUGAAGGCGGAAAGUACCGGCUGGAGGAGGUCGACAGAGGAAAAGCCCCGCUCGGUGAGCUCGGACUCCGAGUCCCGGCGAACGCCGGUGCGGGUCCGCUCGCUGUCGGUCGAAUCCAGCGGCUCCAAGGAUCCGAUGGCGUCGCUGUACGCCGCUUCCACGGCCAGCAGCGAUGACCAGCAGCAUUCGCUGCCGACGUCGGCCAAGGACGCACCGGGGUCGUGCUCGCUGCUCCGGCAGCGUCCGGUCCGGGAGAACUCGUACCGCCACGCGGUCCGCAACUCGACAGCAUUUUGGUUACAAGGACCGGCCACCGCGGGAUCAUUCGUUCCGCCCCCGUCCGCACUGAGUCCGCCCCCUUCCUCGGCCCCGCCCACCCACGGUCACCUGUCCCACUUUUCCUUCCCCACCUCCUCCUCCUCAUCGCCACCUUCGUCUCUCACCCUCGGAAUCGGAACUUCGACACCGGUUCCACCGGCCAGAACGUACGCCGCGGCCCACCGGCUGCAGCAACCGUUUUCCGAGGAGCAGUUCCGGCUCAAGUUGCUCCACCGGAACCAAACCAUCGUCGAGGUGCACAGCCAACCUGGUGGGCACGACGGUGAGGGUCCGGGUGGCGCCGGAAGUGGCUUUGACGCGGACGUGGACAUGCAGUUGUACACGCCUCCCGCACCUCCCCUGCUCAGUUCCUCUUCCUCUUCCUCGUCCUAUAAACCUCUGUCGGUUGUGCCGGAACAUGGGGAUGGCGGCGGCAGAGCUGCCAAUGUGGUCGUUAAAUCCGGCGGAACGGCACCGAUGGUGGCGCCGGUGACGACGCCCGUCCGGCCGACGACGUUGAAUUUGUGUUCAGACUCCAACCAGGUGGUCCUCCGCCAGAAGCAGCAGCACCAGCAGCCGCUGACCAUCGAGGAGGAUGAGCGAAAGACGCGCCGAAUCUCGUACCUCCGGGCGACGGCCCACGACAACCUGCUGCACAUGAUGGAGUCGUCGGCGGAACCGUCCGUCGACAGCAGCCCGAUGUCGCUGCCGCCGGACACGCCCGACACGGAACCGGAAGUGGCCUGUGGCAGUGGAGGCGCUGGAGGGGAUCAGUUGAGUUUGACAAAUCAGCAGCAGCAGCAGCAGGUUGUGCCGCAGAUUCAGCUGCAACAGCAGGUGUCGCAGCAGCUCAAGAGCGCGUAUCGUCCCUGGCGACGUCCGCGUUUCAACACCGACAUUCAACCGCUGCGAAGGCUGUUCGAUGAGUCAGCCCCUGGGGGCGGUGGUCAGGGCAACCUGCCGCCGAUUCUCGAGUCCCAGCAGCAGCCGUCGACGUCGAAAGACAACUCCGAACCGACGACUCCGACAACUCCGACAAACCGGGACUUUGACGACCCGUCCAAGUUCGCGGCCAUCGUGACCGACAGCGACGGGGAAGUGGGGGAGGAACCUGCGGUCGCGAUCCGGAGCGCCGCGGGUCCGAGGACGGCCCAGAAGCGGUCGGCUUCGCUGACGACGACGACGUUGGGAGGGGCUCAGCUGACCGGAAGCAGUUUGGGGAAUCUGCACGUGAUCACCACGACGUCGGCGUCCGGGAUCGUUACGAGGAGUUACUUCUUUGCGCAAAGCCACAGUGCCAAAUCGAAGGCGUUGGCCCACUUCCGGGACGCGCCCGCUGACCCGUCGGUCGCGGUGACGCGCGAGGGCGAGCUGAACGUCAAGGUGACGCUCAUCGACGGGAAGCGCUCGCAGGAUCGCUCCUGGCGGACGGUCCACGCCGAGCUGCGUGGAACCCGGCUCCGGUUGACGCUGCUCCGCGACGGCAAGAGCUCGUCCAGUCAGAGCCCAGAACCGUCCGGAAUCAUCGAUCUCACCAACUUCCACGUGGCCGAGGGCAACUACACCAAGCGGAAGAACGUCUUCAAGCUGACCACGGUGUCGUACCAGCAGCAGAACUUCCAGCAGUACCCCCUCCAACACCAGCCGCCCACCAGCGCCCAGUCCCACCAGCAUUUGGCGCUCCACCACACGCAGUCGUCUUCCGGCGGACUGGGCGGCGGCACCUCGUCGGUGGCGGCGUCCUCCUCCUCCGGUGGGCUGUACCGGGGCUACGAGCGGGAACUGCUGCUGCAGGCCGACUCCCAGCAUGACAUGCGGCUGUGGAUGGACUCGCUGCGGACGGUCUGCCGGAGCAGCCAGCAUCUGGCCAGUGCUGACUACAUCAACAACCUGGGCGGACAGCAGGCCGAACCGCAGCGGGUGGCCGCCCUGACGAGUGUGCAAUCGACGACCAGUACGGACGAGUUUUCGCCGGUGCUGUCGGCCAAAUCCCACCGCAAGUACGCGCUGGGUUCGCGAUCUCCGUCCGGCCAGUCGCCGGUAACCAAGAGUCGAAAGACGCCGCAGCAGAGUUCAGCGGCGGUGUCGGCACCGGUUCCCAACAGUGGUGGCCACCACCAUCAGUCGUCGCAGCACCAUUCCUCGUCGCACAGUGGGAAGGAGAGCUCGGACAAGGAGACCGGCUCGCCCAAGUCCAAGACGUGGAAGGGCAUCGUGGCGCGACAGUUCCGGAAGAUGCAGGGUCAACCGGGAUCGCCGCAGAAUGCCGAGAUGCUGCUGCCGGACGGGGCGUCGAUCAACGUGCCGCUGCCGAUGUGUCCACCGUCGGACGAAAAUCCGUACGUCCCGCUGCUGUUGGCCAAGUGUACCGGGAUUGUCGAGUCGAAGGGUCUCUCCGUUACCGGGAUCUACCGGAUACCGGGCAACACCGCGGCCAUCACCGCCCUCACCGAGCAGGUCAACCGCGGCAUGGACGAAAUCACCCUGCGCGACCCCAAGUGGGAAGACGUCAACGUGGUGUCCUCCCUGCUCAAGCUGUUCAUCCGAAAUCUCCCCGAGCCGCUGCUUCCGAACGACCUGUACAACAGCUUUAUCGCCGCCGACCGGCUCUCGGGCCAGCCCCGGCUGAUCGAGAUCAAAGCCCUGCUGGCGCGCAUUCCGACCUACAACUACGAAACGCUCAAGCACCUGAUGCGCCACCUGUACGUGGUCAGCAUGAACGCGCCGGUCAACCUGAUGGACCCGCGCAACCUGGCCAUCGUGUUUGGGCCGUCGGUCGUGCGGUCCGCCAACGAGUCGCUCGAGGCCGCCGUCAAGGACAUGAAGCACCAGUGCCAGAUCGUCGAGGUGCUCGUGAAUCACUACACCUACUUCUUCGAGGACGACCUGCUGCCUGCAGUGGAGGAAAAGCAAUCGACGAGUACCGUUGAUUCGGGACUGGACGUGCCGUCGGCAUCACUGUUGCUUGACAAUGUUUCUAAAAUCGAACCAUUCAAAGACUCAUCAAAGGAAAGUAGCUCACACUUUGUGGCUCAGAUCGUGCAGGCAGCAAACCGAAAGAUCCGAAGAACGACCCAACGUAAGAGCACCAUGUCCUCGACGACGCCGGACACGCUUUCGCUGGACAGUACAACGUCGGCGGAAUCGAAGGAACAAUCGUCGCGGUCUUCGCACCACCACCACCGGGUGACCUCGUCCUACCUUCAGCAGCAAAUUGGACCUGCGUCGCUGGCCGCCCUGGACCGGCACUCGUCGUCGUCUCCGGCGGCCCACACCAACGACCAUCAGCAUUUCUUCGGCGGCCGGCAGCAACUCGGCAGCAGCCAGAGCAACGACGACGCUUCCUCAGUAUUAAACCGAUCGUCCGAGGAGGACUCGAACGACAGUGCGUUUGCCGAUAAUGUGGCUAACCACCACCCGGCUUGUUCUCCGCCCUCUCUCUCGCCGCCAGGUUCGAUGUCCCUCAAGACGGUCACGAUCGCGCUGGACCACAAGCUGCGCUCGCUGCGGAACUCCUCGGUCGACUCGGACCGGGACGUGGCGGACACCGGCGGCGGCGGCGGCGGCGGCAUCGGAACCCCAACCGGAACCGGCCAGGACAGCGACGGCAGCAGCAGCUGUUGCUACAACGAGCAACUGCAGGCGACUCCGACGCGACGGUCGGUGCACCACUCGCGGCCACUCACCCUCGGCGAGAACAUUCCGUACGCGGACGAAUCGCCCGAGCGGCCACUCAUCCAGAGCCGGGCCAAACCGCUGCGCCAGCUGAGCAAUAGCAAUGCUAACGGAAACUUUGUCAAACCGUGCACGGAAAAGACCAACAGCAGCGGCAACCUGGGCAGCAACACCCUGAACAACAACUCCCAAGCGGACGACUCCGUCCGGUCGGCCCACUCGCAAAAAUCGCUGGACAGCAACGGUGGUGGCGGCGGAACCGGUACCACCAACUCCUCGACCAACGACAGCUGCGUCACGCUGAUGAACGACCAUCUGGACGAUCUGGACGACCUGGAUGCCAACUCGGACAAGGUCAACAACAUCUCGAUCAGCUCGGACGACACGGACACGUCGACGACGAGCAAUCCGCGGGAGAAGUUGACUGCGGCCGCCUCGACCUACCGGAUCGACAACGAGGUGUUGAAGAAGAUGAAUCGGAUUCUGACGAAUCUGGAGCGGAAGGCGAACAAUCUGGAACGCAAGUUUAACCUGAACCGGUCCCUUUCGUUGAACUACAAAAAUCACAAGAAUCUGGAGUGCUGCUGCGGGCAUCACCACGGCGUCGGCGCGGUCGUCCCCGGGACGAACAUCCCGGUGCAGUGCUGCAACAACAACAACAACAACCUGCAAAACCACGGCAAUAACAACAACAACAACAGCGUCAGCGUCAACAACAGCUUGAACGUGCGCUCGCGACUCUCGCUCACGAAGGACGAAAAAACAGACAAGAACAUUAACCGGCGGAGGCAGAUUCACGACGUGAGUCACACGUGCGUGCCGGCGGGACCGCAGAUUAUACUGACACCGGCGGCGACGACCACGGCGAGUGCGCAGCCAAGUUCGGGUCGGCAUCGGAGGCAGAUGGGAAACAGGUCGAUCCGGAGGAGGCACACCGUGGGGGGAACGCACGAUUAUUCGGCGGGGAAUGCGGCGGUGACCGCUGCAGGGGGGAAGGUGCAGGCGUGUCCGGCAGGGCAAGGGGUUUGUGAGGGGGUUACGGCGGGGACGGCUGUGGGGGAGGAUAAGGGUUGUAAGGAUUUGAACUGAUGGGGAGGGGGGAAGGAUGGGGGAAUGUGGUAAGAGUUUUGUUUGAUUUAUUCGGAUAUUCGUGAUAUAGUUUUUUUGUGUAGUUUAGGUUUAUAUUUUCUCUAAAGUAAUCGUAUUAUCUUCAACUUAAGAUAUGGUCUAAUAAAUAAACGUUUGUCAAUUUUUGUACAAUGAAAUUGGGUAUUUCUCUAUGAUUUCGAGUAUUUUUAUUUGUGAGAACAAUCGGCCCUCUAGUGGUCGAUCUCAGCCAUCUUAAUUUCUCGAUAUUUUCAUAUAUCGAUUGUUUCUUCAUUCCCUUCAAAUUGUAUAGUUCGAUGCUCUGCUUUCUUCGAUGUCCUCUCCAGCUAAAAAAAAUUACUUCUUCGAUGGUUUUUCUCAAAAGUGCCCUUAAUAUUUUUAAAUCACUUUAGAGCAUUUUUGAGGUCAUACUAUGCUUUAAAACAAUUUUCUACGAAAUCUUUUUUUUUCCUUCAAUUUUUUAUUUUGGUAUUUUUUAAUCCGGCUGAAACUUUUUUGGUGCCUUCGGUCUGCCCAAAAAAAGCCAUUUUGCAUCAUUAGUUUGUCCAUGUAAUUUUCCUUGCAAAUUUUGCAGCUGUUCAUACAAAAAUGAUUUAUGAAAAUUCUGUAUCUUUUGAAGGAAUUUUUGAUCGAUUUGGUAUCUUCGGCAAAGUUGUAGGUAUGGAUAAGGACUACACUGAAAAAAUAUGAUACACGGUAAACAAAAUUUUGGUGAUUUUUUAUUUAACUUUAUGUCACUAAAACUUGAUUUGCAAAACAAAAAACAAUAUUUUUAUUUGUUUUUAUUUUUUGAUAAGUUUUAAGGGACAUCAAAUACCAACUUUUCUGAAAUUUAGAGAACGGGCAAAAAAUCUUGACCGAGUUAUUAAAUUUUUGAGUCAAUUCUGAUUUUAUUCAAUAAAUCGAAAUAUUGGUCGAAUUUUUUUUCUGCUUUUUUUAUGUCCCCUAAAACAUAUCAGAAAAAAAAAUUAAAAUUGUGUUUUUUUUUUGCAAAUCAAGUUUUAACAACAAAAAAAUAAAUUUAAAAUAACCAAAAAAAAUUACCGUGUAUAUUUUUUUCAGUGUAGUCCUUUGCCCUACAACUUUGCCGAAGACACCAAAUCGAUCAAAAAAAUCCUUCAAAAGAUACAGAUUUUUGAAUUUUCUUUUAUCAUUUUUUUAUGGACAGCUGCCAAAUUUUCUAUGGAAAAUUAUAUGGACAAACUAAUGAUGCAAAAUGGCUUCUUUGGGCAUACCGAAGGCACCAGAAAAGGUUAAGCCGGAUUAAAAAAUACAAAAAUUAAAAUUGAAAAAAAUACCGAUUUCGUUGAGGAUUCAUCUUAUUUUUUGAUCCGCAAAAUUAUUUUUUUUAAAGAAAAAAAAACUGAAACCAGCAAAAUCUUUUGGAAAAAUACAAAAAAAAAACUUUUUCUUGUAAUCAUUAAAAAUUGCAGCACAUCCGAAAACAGCCGAAAAUGUGUUACAAAAAUUAAAGCGGCCAGUCCUACUGCGUUAUGUUUACCGCAGAGAGGAUUCUGAGAGCGGUUCACAUUACACAGAUACAGCAGGGGAGGAAGAAUGCGUGGACAUACCGUACCAAACGCUCCAGCUGAAAUGUCAAAAAAUACCUUUUACAAUUUGCAAUUUAUGGGUACAAAAAAACUCGGAACUUUGAAAACAUUCUGCAUCAAAGUAUCUUUUUGUACCCAUAAA